AUGCGAACCUCCAAUUCCCACUGUGGCUGCCUCUUCAUCAUCCUUAGCCGCGCCUGUGCCUACGCCUCCACCAUCCCUGCCAUGGUUCGAGCUGCCCGAGGAUUUGAAGGCAAAUAUCUGAAAAGGUUGAAUGUGGAAGAGAUUCUGGAGAUUGCGCAGCCAGUAUCAAGUCAGCUCCGAUGCCUUACACUCAAAGGGUAUAAAAAUAAGGAAAAUGCUUUGACCGAUGCAAUCAAGAAACUCCCACAGUUGGAAGAGUUACAUCUUAUUAAAGCGCCAUCACUAAGUGUCGAACAAGUUGAAAGCAUUGGCAUCUCUUGCCCCAUGUUGAAAUCAUUUACAUAUGAUGAAAAUGGUAUUGGGAGUGGAAAUUUUUGGACCGAGCAUGUUGUUGCAAUUGGAAAAACCAUGCCAAAUCUGCGCCAUCUCAGAAUUCAGACGAUGUGGAUUGAGAAUGAGGGACUAGAAGCCAUCCUCAAUGGCUGCCCCCACCUUGAGUCACUCGAUCUUCGGAGAUUGUAUGAUCUUGAUCUAGAAGGAACUCUGGGUAAAAGAUGUUCGGACCGAAUCAAACAUCUGAAGCUUUCUUUUAACUACAGUGAAUAUCCUGAGUAUGAAGAUAUUGAUUAUGAACAUGAAUAUGUUAGUGUUGACCUCCUUUGGCCGCCACCUUGA